GCCUAACCGGUCUCACGUGCGUGAGUUUCCUGCUCGCAUUAAACUAGGCUCCAAACUCUUCCAUAGUCUUCUUCUGUGGCAACAUCAUGAAGCGCCUAUUUCCUGUCUUCUUGGCCAUCAUGGUCGCGCUCGCCGAUGACGACCUUGCCGGCGAACAACACGAGGUCACUGCCCCAAUCGGGAGAAUUCGUGGUUCCAUCAUGACCACCAGACUCGGCAAGAAAAUCUAUUCCUUCCGCGGUGUGAGAUACGCCGAACCGCCGACUGGACAGCAGCGUUUCCAAAUCGCAAUUCCGGCUGCGGAUUGGAGCGAUGUUUUCGAUGCGACGAAAGAAGGACCCGCCUGUCCAGCGAUACACGAACAGAAUAUAAUGGAGGAUUGUCUUCGUGUGAAUGUCUACACAACGAAAUUACCGUCAGAGAACGAUCCCGCGAAGAGGCCCGUGCUGGUGUUCUUCCAUCCUGGCGCGUUUUACUUAUUCUCGGGACAGAGUUCUAACUUUGGACCUCAGUAUCUGCUGGACAAAGACAUCGUCCUCGUCACCGUCAAUUAUCGUCUCGCGGCGCUAGGAUUUUUGAGCACCGGCGACUCGAAGGCACCGGGCAAUUUGGGCUUAAAGGAUCAAGUCGUGGCGCUCCGAUGGGUCCAGAGGAACAUAGCCGCCUUCGGCGGCGACCCCGACAGCGUCACUAUAUCCGGUUACAGCGUCGGCGGAUCGAGCGUAAUAUUGCACAUGGUCUCGCCAAUGUCCGGAGGAUUGUUCCAUCGAGCGAUCAUGAUGAGCGGCUCGUUGAAGAUAGAACCGUACCCGACUGAGCAGCUGCACUUGGCAAAGAAGCAAGCCGAAUUACUAGACUGUCCCACCGACACCACUGGCUCUAUGCUGAUCUGUUUGAACUCCAAACCGGUGGAGAACUUCACAGAGACCAUACCCAAGUUCUUUGAAUGGUACGGUCAUCCAAUUUUAAUAUGGAUGCCCGUAGUGGAACCUGAAGUUCACGGCGUAGAAAGAUUCCUGCCCGAACAGCCCAUUGAUCUUAUUAGGCAGGGGAAGUUCCACAAGGUUCCGCUAAUCGCAGGAGUUACUAAAAACGAGUUUGAUGGUGUGGUCGCCUACGUCAGCGAGCAACACAGUCUCGGAAAUGACUCGUACGUGGAUGACUUGAACAAUGACUGGUAUAGACUUGCACCGUUAAAUUUCAUGUAUGAGCCAAAUACACUUCAGUCCAGAAACAUAAGUGCCGAAUUGCACCAAUUUUACUUCGGCGACAAACCGAUUGGUCCAGACACUUACAAUGGUCUCGCACACAUCAAUACCGAUGGCAUUGUUGUAUACCCAAUGCAUCGUUCUGUAAAUUUGAUCGCAGAAAACACCGACCAACCCGUCUACUUUUAUAUGUCUUCUUACCAAGGGCGAUACAGUUAUGUCAUGUGGAACAAAACCACACCAUACGGCGUGGCGCAUCAUGACGAUUUACAGUAUCUGUUCUUUAUGAAAGUCAAAUUUCCAUUCUUCGAGAACGAUGACCCAGAAAUUCCUACAGUGGAGCUUAUGACAAGCAUGUGGUCGAAUUUCGUUCAAACUGGACAGCCGGUACUUCCAGCUUUAGCUAAGAAUGUUACAUGGGACCCGUACUUACCAGAAAGGGACAACUAUUUAGACAUCUCCGAGGAACCAAGAAUGAAGACAGGACUUUAUCCCGACAGAAUGAAAAUAUGGGACAGUUUGUUUCCUUUAAGCUCGAAAUAGAAAUCAACAUCCAAAAUCAAUUUUGCAGUGUGCAACACAUGCAUAUACCAGUCCGAUUAAUUCAUUAAAUACACACAUCAAUCCCUAUUACUCAAUAUCCUAUUAAAAUAAACGCAGAUACAGUUACGUUA